GGUAAAGACUUUCUUCUAAGUCAGUGAGAACAAGAGGAAACAUAUUAUACACCUGGACUCUGUGGUUCCAUCUUCCUCUCUGAACCCCACAAUGGAACCCCCAGACCAAAUGCACUGGUUUCCCUUCUCAGAGGACAUCAACUCCUCCAAUGGAGGUAUUCCCUCACCCUACCUCUUUUCCUACCCUCACCUCUUCAACAUCUCCUCCAACCUGUCCACCCAGAGUGUACCCUUUGAGGGCAGCAGCACUCUGUUGACGGCAGUCAUCUCCCUCACAGUCUUCAUGGUGGGUCUGACUGGCAACACUCUGGCCAUCUAUGUGGUGCUGCGCUAUGCCAAAAUGAAGACAGUCACCAACAUCUAUAUCCUGAACCUGGCUGUGGCCGAUGAACUCUACAUCAUCGGACUCCCUUUCCUCACCACACAGAACGUGCUCUCCUAUUGGCCGUUUGGCUCCUUCCUGUGCCGCGUGGUCAUGACAGCAGACUCUAUGAAUCAGUUCACAUCUAUUUUCUGCCUGACGGUCAUGUCCAUUGAUCGUUACCUGGCUGUGGUUCAUCCGAUCCGCAGCACCAAGUGGAGACAUCCCCGGGUGGCCAAGGUGGUGAGCGCAGCCGUGUGGGCCCUGUCCUUUGUGGUGGUCCUGCCUGUGGUCAUCUUCUCUGAUGUUCAGGACACAUUCAACUCCUGCAACAUGAUUUGGCCAGAGCCAAAAAACGUGUGGUCAACAGCUUUCAUUCUCUACACUGCCACAGUUGGCUUCUUUGGACCGCUGCUCAUCAUUUGCCUCUGCUACUUACUUAUUGUUAUCAAGGUGAAGUCCUCAGGGGCGCGGGCGGGCUUCACCAAACGUCGCCGCUCGGAGCGCAAGGUGACGCGGAUGGUGGUAGUGAUCGUGGUGGUGUUUGUGCUGUGCUGGCUGCCGUUCUUCAUCAUUAACAUGGUCAAUCUGGUGGUCAUCAUCCCAGAGUCCAGCGCCACUGCUGGCAUCUAUUUCUUUGUUGUCAUCCUGUCGUAUGCCAACUCCUGCGCCAACCCGGUGCUCUACGGCUUCCUGUCGGACAACUUUAAACAGAGCUUCAGAAAAGUGCUGUGUGUGAGGAGUAUGAGGUGCAAGGCCAGUGGUGUAGAUGAUGGCGACCCCAGCGCUCCGCGCACUGAGAAAACCACAGCACACGAGUGUAUCUUGCUCUCCCCUCGUAACCAGGUCUACCACGACCCCCAGAGCAGCCAGAUUUCUCCUCAACCUCCAGGCUCGCCUACCUCUCAUACAGCAGCAGACCUGCACCGCGCCACCCCUACAUGUCUAUCUCCCUCCACUUGCCCGGGAAUGGGACCCACCAAUACCACCGUAACCUCCACAGCAGCUUCCAUGGUAACCUCUAUGGUAACCCCGGCCGAUCUUCCCACCAUCACUGCCCUGACUACAGCCCCUUCCUCAACUGCAGGUCCACAGCAACAGUAGACAGUGGAUUUCAGUGACAACAGAAACAGAGGCGGUAAAACAUGAUACAAGACUACAGAAGUGGAAGCAGAGAUGGAUGUUGGAGAGUUGGUUUAGCUGAUGAACUUAAAAACAACAACAACAGAUGCAUUCCUGCAAUUACAAUGUAAAAAUCAAUCUAUUGGACUAUUUUCAGACACACACUUGAACACUCAUUCUAAAUGCAUUGUAGCAUUUACACUCCGUAUCGGUGAAACAAUCUCAUGAAUAUUUUUCAUAUCUCAAUGUGUAUCUGCAUCUGUAUGAAUCAUCCGGCUGUUUACCGAGCUCUGUUUUUCUUUCCAUUGAGCCAUCUAAGUGCCUU